UAACACGCGCUGAAUAUAAACACAAUUUCUUGCGAGAGACACGCGGUUUACUUCCUAUAUAUUUGCGAGUUAAAAUUGUAUUAAGUCAUCAGCUAUUCAUGUAUGUGCUUACAUAGUUCCGAAUUAAGUUGAAAUGUACGCAGUUCAGCCACCGAAUACUGGAAUACAACAUCGGGAAAACACUUGUAAAGCAAAUGUAAACAACACCGAUUUCGGCCAAGGGACGCUAUUUAUUGCAGAAAGUGAGCUGAUAUGGAUUGGGUCAAGCAACCAAGGUUUUAGACUUCAAUACACUGACAUAGCGAUACAUGCAAUAUCAACUGAUGUACAAUCCUUUCCUGAAGAAUGUUUGUAUGUAAUGUACAACAAAGGUCUGUUCACUUCCUCUCAAAGUGAGAAUGAAAGCGACAGCGAUGGUGAAAAAGAUACAACUGUGUCAGAGAUACGUUUCAUCCCAACAGAUAAAAAUAACUUGAAACGAAUGUUUGAUGCAUUGAGCGAUUGUCAAUGUUUACAUCCUGAUGAAGAAGACAGCGAUUUCUUUCAUGAAGGAGAAGUAAAUGAAAGUCCAGUUCAAACGUUUGAUGGUGGGGCAGCAGGGGAAGGAUUCUUUACGGGUGAUGCAGCAAUAGAUCACAUGACACCUCAAGGUUUGGCCACCAUGCAAAGGUUAGAAGCCAUGCUGGCACAACAAGGCAGUCCAAGCACAGAUACAGGUAUUGAAACUGAUAUGAAUGGAGUUCAUAUUACUGAGCAACAAAAUGGAACGACUGAAGAUGGCCAAUUUGAUGAUGCGUGACACAAAAACACACAGCUAAACUUUUUAUUUUGUAAACACUGCCAUUUGUUAGAUCAUGUCUUUUUUUUGCAAAGUAAAGGCUCUUCUACACAGUUCAAUCACAGUUUUCGUAAUAAAAAUCAUUCUUUUGUAUUAUUUA